AGAAACUAGCCAAUAGGAACGCUUAAACUUGGUCACAUGAUCGAAGGUUAGCAAAGAUGCGCGUACUAGGAAGCUGUGAGAGUUUAACUGUAACAAAGAUGUUAUAAAGGUAGCAACAAACACAAUGGCAGAAGGUGGUGAUGGAGAACCUGUGGCCAGUUCAUCUGGGACUCUGCGUCCGUGUUUCUCUUUGGGAAGAGGACUCGCAGGACGCUCUUUACUGAAUCCUCCACCUCCGGGCAGACUCACAUCCCUGCGCUCCAGAGACCUGACACUCGGGGGGUAUAAAAAGAAAACAUUUGUACCAAACGUCCACUCCAUUCGUAAAAGCAAAGACGAGUUAAAGGAGGAGCCUCGUACUGCGCCGAAGAAGGAGAAAAGAGAAAGGGAGGACAGGCAGAGAGAGCGCAGGCGGAGAGAGAGACCGCAGACUAUUCAGUCGCACUCCAUUUUUGAACAGGGUCCUGCAGACACCUUCAGGAAAACAGGAAGUUGGGGGACCACAAAUCUAAGCGACUAUGAUCCUUCAGUUCUUACUAGGAGUAUUAAAAAGGAGAGGAACAUUCCUGUGGAUGAUGACGAUGGAAUUUUAGAAAAGCUUCAGCGAGAUGAUUUCAUAGAUGACCCUGGCCUGAAAAAUGAUCCCAAGCAGACACCAAUAAGACUUCCACUGCAUCAGUCGUUCGACUACUUGGCGACAGAGACGUCGACGUCUUUAAAAGAAGCACUGUCUGAUCACACUUGUUCAAAUUCUCUAAAAACGCACGAGAGGAUUCCAUCACAAACAUGUGGAACUUCUGCAGGUCCUCAGCCGCCGAGUGUCGGAGAGCUUUUCCAGCAGUUGAGCGUUUCAGAGAAGGAAGAGCUUUUAUUCAUCCAGCUUCCCGAUACCAUACCUGUCUCCAUAAAAGCUCUAAAAGGUGAAAAAUCUGUGAAAAAAUCUGAUGCUGAAGACAAGCGUGCCUCUCAUAUCAAAGCACAAGAUCCAGGGGAGAAAGAGGCUGCGCCUGUGCUCUCGGACUUCACAGAAGGAUUCAUAGGAAAAGUGCAAAUUAGGAAAUCUGGCAAAGUACAGCUAGUCAUAGGGGACGUUACACUGGACGUGUUGGAAGGAGCAGCUUUUUCUUUUCUGCAGCAACUCGUGUGUGUGCGGCUCACAGAGGGUCUGACUGGCGACAUGACGGUGCUUGGGAACGUCAAACACAAGCUGGUGUGUUCCCCUGACUUCGAGGCUCUCCUAAAAGGGGUCAAGGCUCCAUCACACAUCCAGCCGCUCUUAAAUACUAUUCAGACGUGAUGAGCUUUCCAGGCAGCCUGUAAAGUAAAGUUGCCAGAGGAUGUUUGUAAUGAUCAUGACUGAUUUGCAGAAGAUAAGUGCUCUCUGUAUACAUUACAGAGAUGGGAUGCUAUGUAUGCUAUACUACACACUGUUACCACACGAGAACUGUUCCACACGCAUAUAUAACCUGUUACAUGGCACGACACUCCACAUGCCUAUAUGACGUAUGUAGACUAUAGCUGUGUUAAGAACACAACAGCCAUCAGACUCAUCGCUUCUGUGACAAGCAGGAUAUUUUGAAUGUCGUAUUUUAUUAUUCACGUUUUAAACUCAAAACUUUCAAACGCAAAAUCUUGAUUUCAGCUUGUCAGGUGACUGUAGAAAAUGAUUGCUUCCUGGAGUGUCUCCUUGAAGAAACAGGACAAUUCAGUUCAAGAGGACAAGACAAAGCAGAACAUUUCAUUUCUCACAGUAUACGAUGGAAUCUUUUAACAGGUCUAUUUGCACACUAUGCAUUAACUUACAGUCCUUUUAUGGUAGGGGAAAGAUGACAUAAACCAGGGCUUCCCUAACUAGGGGUCGUGACCACACGUGGGGUCGCUUAAUUUACAAAUGGGGUUGAGAGAGAAACUCACAGUCCCCUCAUUUAUUUUAAAUUAAUAUUACGAAUAUAACUGCAAAAAUGUAUUCUGUUACUAUUUUGUAAUGUUCCUCUUUCUAAAGAGCAACAUUUGAAUGAAGGUAAUUAUAGCUAUCCUGACACUGCAUUAGAGUAAAAAAAACAAAAAAACAAAAA